AUGUCGAGCACUUUAUUUCAAGAUAACAUUAGCAUUGACAAGGACAACUUUACGCCUUUGUCGUACUUAUCCUCGUCACCGUCCUCUUCUUCCAACCUCCCUACUACCAACAGACGAAAAAGAAACUCGAUAUGUUAUGGUGAUCGAUUCAUUCCUCUAAGAUACAAUGAAAUGUUUACGGAAUUCGAAAGAAUGCAAGGAAGAGUUGCCCGUCCAACCGCAAAAAAACAAAAAAAAAGUAUUCUAGAAUCUGAGGAACAAGUUAAAGCCGAAUUAGAAUCCAUUAGAAUGGACAUCCUCGAAAAAGCAAUGUUUCCCGGUACCAACAACUAUAACAUUGAUAACUUAUCUCGAAGCAAUAUCGGCGACAGUACAUUAUCAUCGUCUUCUUCGUCUUCCUCCUUGAACAACUUAUUCUCCUUUCGCUCAAAGGUCAAUAAUACUACUGGUGGCGCUGCAGCAAUAGACACACCAUUCCGACCAGCUUACUGGACUACGCCCUUCUCGCCCCAAAUUGAAACCAUUCUAAAAACUUCCCGCAAACCAUUCCGAAUUGUUAACUCGAGUCCUUAUCAGAUGUUAGCUUUCUGCGACGAAUUGACGUUAAAGGAUGAUUUUUACCUUAACGUAGUCGAUUGGUCUGCGAAAAAUGUUCUUGCGUUGGGAUUAGAGCAUAGCGUGUAUUUAUGGGAUGCUAGUUCUUCACAGAUGACGAAACUCUGCGAACUAGAAGAGUCUAGUGCUAUAACUUCAGUAAAAUGGAGUCUUCAAGGUGAACGUCUUGCUAUAGGCACAGCCGACGGGCUGGUACAAAUUUGGGACCCUCAAAAGCUCGUUCAAAUCAGGGAUAUGAGUGGACAUUGUGCCCGAGUAGGUUGCCUAGCAUGGAACGGCAAUAUUCUUACAACUGGGAGUAGUGAUCGCCAAAUAUUUCACCGGGAUUCGCGAAGCACAAGAAGUUAUAUUCAGAAUUUGUCGGGGCAUUAUUCUGAGAUUUGCGGUCUUAAAUGGAAUCACCAAGGUGACCAACUAGCAAGCGGCGGAAACGCCAACGAACUAUUUCUUUGGGAUCGCUAUAGUCAGACACCGAUCAAACGACUUGAAGGUCACAAAGCCGCAGUACGAGCUCUCGCUUGGAGUCCACACACGCCGAAUCUGUUAGUCAGUGGUGGAGGACAUCUCGAUCGACAAAUAAAGUUCUGGAAUACUGAUGAUGGAAAGUUGCUGUCAACUCAUAAUGCAAAUUCUCAGGUCUGUAACAUCGCAUGGUCCCCUCGCUCCAACGAACUUGUCUCCACGCACGGCUGGUGGAAAAAUUAUAUCGUAGUCUGGAACUACCCUGACAUGAAAAAAAUAAUCACGUUAAAAGGUCACUCGACUCGCGUGCUGUACUUUUCGAUGUCGCCCACUGGUGAAGAUAUAGUCACCGGGGCGGGUGGUGAUGAUAAUACGUUGAGAUUCUGGAAGAUUUUUAAUGUUCCCGCGAAGCCUAAAGUUAUUCGAGAGUCGGCGUUGAAUCCGGUGGGAAAAAUUCGCUGA